AUGGACAACUUAAUAACCCUCGAGAAUUUGAAGGAGAAGCUUCCACCAUGGAACCCCAACUCCGAGAGCCAGCUCUUCGCCAUUGUCGAUAUGGGAAGGUAUGUCAACGGCACCCGCUUCUCUAUUACUUCCCUGGCACAACCUACUACUCGCCUCCUCCUCCCCGUCUAUGCAAACCGUGCACGCAUUUCUCUCUUUGAUGUUCUCAGGAAAAAUGACAACUUGUUCCCCAAGGAGACUAUUGACGAAGUUGUCGACACCCUUCUCCGCUUCAAGCGGAUAUCUAUCGAAUAUGGCGUGCCAGACGGUCAGUUUAUGGUUCUCGCCACUCAGGCUAUGCGCACUGCCAAAAACGCCGCCGACAUGCUCACUGCCAUUAAUGAGAGAACCAAGGGAAUCUCCAUGAACAUCCUUGAUCCGAAGGUUGAGACGCUGUUCGGCGCCGUCAUGGGUUCCCGCAGCGGCCUGGUGAAUGCCGACGACGGCGCCCUCUUCCUGGACAUGGGUGGUGGCAGUGUUCAGAUGACAUGGGUGAAGACAGGCCCAGAGGGCUAUGAGAUUGUCUCAGCGAAAAACGGUACCAGCUUGAAGUUUGGUGCUGUUGCGUUGAUGGACAUCUUGAAUGAUGAGAAGAAGACGCAUGGUCAGGCGCUCAAGGAACUCGACGCAGGCAUGUCGCAGGCAUAUGACGACCUCUGCAGUGCAUUCCCCGAUCUCAAAGCCAUCAAGGACGCCUACGAGAACGGUAACAAGCAGUCCAAGGUCAACGUCUACAUGUGCGGUGGCGGCUUCCGCGGCUACGGCAGCAUGCUCAUGCACAACGAUGCCACUUACCCUUACCCCAUCACCUCCACCAACGCCUAUACGGCGCCUGGGAAACUUUUUAAGAAAGUUGACAAGAUGAGCAAGGUCAACGAAAAGGAAGAGGGCGAAAGAAUCUUCGGCAUGUCCAAGCGCCGCCGCGCGCAGUUCCCGGCCAUCGCCCUCGUCAUCGAGGCCUUCAUCAAGGUGGUGCCGAACAUCGGCAAUGUCUCCUUCAGCGGCGGUUCGAACCGCCAGGGUGCUCUGAUGAUGAUGCUCCCAUUCGAGAUUCGCGAGAGCAACCCCAUUGAUGUUCUGGCUGCCGUCUCUGAGGAGGAACGGCCAAUUUUCGACGCUGUUUCGGGUCUCCUACAGGAUGCUCUACCCCGCGAGGUUGACUUCUCAGAAAUCCCAACCGUCUUCACCGCUGGCCUAGACGGUCUGUUCGUCCGGGAUAUCUGGGGACGCGCUGGCUACGACAAGGAUGCUGACGCUGCCUACGCCCUAAACAACGCGAUUCUCCGCGACCCCGAGGCCCCUGGCCUGACGCAUCUUGGCCGGGCUCUCCUGGCGCUGACUGGAUCAGCUCGGUGGGAUGGGCACCUCGGACCCGACGAUGCCAAACUCUUCAAGGGACUGACUGGCAUCGUGGAGAGCCAGAGCGAGGACUCGCCCGUCUGGGCUGCAUACGUCGGCGCUGUGGCCAACGUCAUUGCUGCCAUUCUCCCGGUCUUCCCAAAGAACCCGGAUGAGGUGAAGAAAACCAUCAGGAUCACGUCAAGCAUCAAGAAACACAGGGUUGUUUUAUUGAUCGGAGUCGCCUCCAACGACAUUACAAGGGGUCUCGACCUAGACGAACUUGUUAAAGUAAUUGAAGGGGCCGCCAAAAAGAGGAAGGAAAAGAGCCGCAGCUUCAAGAUUUCCGCCAAAAUCCAUUUGUUAUCAUAA